UUAUUUCAUAGCAUAAUAAGAGAAAUGUCGCAGGUAGAAACAAAAGCCUGGGCAAAUGUUGGCAAAGCUGCUUAUGCCAAAUCAAAAGAUCAGAUCGACGAUGUUUACACAGAUUGGGCAAAAGUGUAUGACAACGACAUAGAUACGUUGGGAUAUCUUACCCCCGAAAAUUUGGUCAAAGAAAUGUUGAAAUACGUCAAUAACUCGCCGUCAACUCAGCUUUUAGAUAUUGGGGCAGGAACUGGAAGAUGUGGAGAACUCUUGAAAAAGCAUGGAUACAAAGGCAUCAUGGACGCAUUGGAAAUAAACGGGGCUAUGCUAGACGUUGCAAGAUCCAAAUCCAUAUAUAGGGGACAUUAUGAGAUUGGCGUUUUUCCUGACAAACCAAUUCCUCUUGAGUACGGCCUGUACGAUGGAGUAAUUUGUGCGGGAACAAUGUUGAGUGGCCACAUGGAACCUGAAUGUAUUGCGCCUUUAGUUCGCGCGUUGAAACCCGGUGGAUAUGCUGUGUGGAACACCCGACAAACAGAUCAUGAAAAAGAAUAUAGAGAUCGAUUGGGAAAGACAAUAGACGAACUUGUUAAAACGGGAGAAAUCGAAAGAAUCGAAGAAAAACUGAUGCAGCAUUAUGCAGCGGAUUUCCGGGAAGUUGGAGAUAAGCUGAUGGCAAUUGUUUAUGUUUAUCGCAAAUUAUGAUUCUUUCCCUUUACAAUUAGCCUAAAUUAUCCUCUAUAUGUAAACGCAUACAUACGUAAAUUAUUGAAAUAAACUAUUAUUUUAUUUUA